AGUUGGUGUUAAAUUGUACUGUUAUACUGAGAAUUAUUUGUUAUUUAGCCCAUUCUUACUAAUGGAGAGAUGGUGGACAGAAUAUUACAAACACUAAUCUGAAACUCUUUCAGCACCAAUUGAUCAUUAAGUUCUUUUUCAAAUAGGAAGGACACAUUCUGGAGCAGUUUUACUACACUAUAAGGUUUCCAAAAUGUACCUAUUAAAAAGGCAGCCGAUUGUGCUUGUGUGUAUUUGCACAAAACUACUACAGAUUGUGUUGCUUUUUAAGUCUACCUUGCUUUAUAGUACAUAUUUCUACUAGUUUUUUACAUAUUUGACCACUGAACUCAAAUUUCCUUUUUUUUUUUUAAAGAAAAUGUGUCUAUAUAAGUGCUGUAGCUGUGACUUGACUAAUGAACUCGGAUGCUAGAUAGCUGCUGCUGGUUCCUUACUCAUGCCAUUUUCCCACCAGAAGCAUUUGAUCAGUUGUAGAAGGAGUCAUAGUACAAGUUGAAGUUAACAAGAAUUCUAACCACCAAUGCUAAGUCUUUAGUUACCCUUCACUUUUUAAUUAACUUGGUUGGUUGAUUAUUUCUUUGUUGUAACCUUGCUUCUGGGCAAUAAAUCUUGUACCGUUCAAAAGCCUGUUUAUUUCGUGGAGAUGCAGUUGCGGGUUGUGCACAUGAAAAACUUGCCAAAUCAUCUCUGCCAAUGUCAAACAGCUUAUUCUGCUAUUGACUCUUGUUUGAUGUCGUUUAUUGGACUGGAUCACUGAAGUCUGAAGAAAUAACACCAAAAAAAGAGUGAAUAGCAGAAUAAGCUGUUUGACAUCAACAAAAAAAUUUAGCAAGAAUUUUAUGGGCUCAACCCACAUACUCAACUUUGCUUCUCAGCCCAAUUGUAUCCCCUUAAUGCCCUUUCCUUACUUUUUUAUGUGAAGUUUAUUUUGCUUUCAAGGAGGCAGACUUUGUUAUUUUUAGUGCAAAAGUUCCUCAAGCUCUGUGAAGGUCUUUUGGAGUUUUUCUUUGGCUGACAUUGGCUCCUUUGUCAUUCAUUUUAAUUGCAGUCCUUGUACCUGACCUUUUUCAGAGGAACUUUGUUUGUUUUGUUAAGGCACUUAAUACUGACUUAUUAUUAAAUAGACAUAAAACAGGCAACAUAGGCACUUUGUUGCCAGCGGCCUGUCACAAAUACACAUAAUUCUUUCACAUUUCUUUGGUUGAAUAUAUGAAAGAAGCUUGGAGAACUUUUCUUGAAGACUACUUAAACAAAUGACAAGAAAAUUUGACAGAGAUAUAAACGGCAUUUCCAUGUAUGCUUGCACCUUUCAGUUCAUUGCUGCACCUAUUUCCCAUUUUCCUAGCAAAGGUUAAAGAAAUGAGGGGUGGUUUGAUACUUUUACACAGUAUGUUUACUGGGGAAUGAACAUCAAAGACAAUACAAGUUAAAUGGUGUUGCACAGAGUGCUGAAUUUUUAUGUUUCCCUCAUUUUCACAUGUAUUUAGAAUCCAUGUGAAAAUGAGGGAAAUGUAUCAAAUUUCUACAUUUGCUACAUUUCUACAUUUCCUGAUCUGAAAGAACAGUGACCUAGCUGUGUGCUUGUCAUGGUUUUAUUGAGGCUGAAUGCUUCAAAUGAUUAAUUUCAGUACUAUAUUCAUACCGAGUUGAACAUACCAAAAAAAUGAACUUUUUGUGCAAAUGCAUAUCAUAUAUAUCAUCUGAUCACUGAACCCUGAAGCUAGAUACAUUUAUAUAAUCUAUAAUCAGGAUUAUAAUCUGGACUUUGACUUUGCUAUGAAUUUUUGAUGACUUCAGUCAGUCCUCCUGUGCCAGCUGUACCCUCUUGGUGGUAUUUAGUAGGAGAGAAACUCUUACUCUAAAGCUACAGGACUCUGAACAUUUACCCUCAUGCCUUUUACAUAUCACUUGGAAAUACAAAAAGAGCAACAUAACUGAAGUGCACUUCAGGGAUUGCCAUGUACAUCUGUAAGCAGUGGUGGUUUUGAGCACUUUGGUUACCUCUCAUACUCAAACUUGUGGUGACUCUUUUCAUGUGUGUUACAGCUUUUGGAAAUGUGACAGUUUAACAUCAAAAUGUCUUCCAAGACAGAGAAGGCUAAUCGAGACAUUGCCUCUAGCAAUGUUUGUACCUACGCUCUGAAAGCUCAACCUGUCAACAGCCUGAUGAACACACACACCUCUUUCUUUAUUUUGGGAGGAGUCUGCAAGGCGAUUUACAUCCAUUGAGCUUCAUACAUAUGCUUAGUUCGCGAGUGGAAACGGUCACAGCAGUUUUUACCGGCUGAGGCGAACACUUGCUAGGAUGCACUGCCAUCAGGACUUGGUGAGCUUUUUCAGCUGUGGACUUAUUCUGGCAGGAGUUUGGCACCUGGUUUAUCACAGGAAGUCACAGAGCUCCUAUGGACGCUACAUGGCAUGCCCUCCUGCUAGAAUGGUUCCUGCUAGACUAGCCUGGUUCCUUCAGGAGAUGCCGGCUUUCAUCAUCCCUCUACUUUUAAUGCUCACCACGCACAAAUCCACAAUUAUGGGGAAGUACCUGCUGCUAACGACCUUUUGCGUGCACUACUUUCAAAGAACAUUUGUGUACUCGCUAUUGAUGAAAGGAAAGCCUUUCCCGCUGAGUGUGAUGGUGACAGCGGGUUUGUUCUGCUCUCUAAAUGGUUUCCUGCAAGGACACUACCUGCUGCAUUGUGCCCAGUUUGAUGAUGAGUGGUUUACGGGCUAUUGCUUUAAAAUUGGUUUACUGCUGUUUUACAUCGGCAUGGCCAUUAAUAUUCACAGCGACUUUAUUCUACGCAACUUGAGGAAACCAAAGGAAGUAAUAUACAAGAUUCCUACUGGAGGUCUGUUUGAAUAUGUGUCUGGUGCCAACUACUUAGGGGAGAUUGUGGAGUGGUUUGGAUACGCUGUAGCCAACUGGUCUUUUCCAGCACUCUCAUUCGCUCUGUUCACCCUCUGCUUCAUUGGACCAAGAGCCUACUACCAUCACAGGUUUUAUCUUGAGAAAUUCAAAGACUAUCCCAAGUUUCGAAAGGCUUUAGUUCCUUUUAUCUUCUGAGGGAAAACAUUCAUGUAUUGCAAAAAACUGUUUACCGUGGUCUAUAACAUGUUAUACAACAUUGUUAUUAGUGAGGCCUUAACGUGGAAUAGUCUAGUUAGCUUGGUUUAGUUAGUGUUUGUAUUUAAGAAGGUAACAAGGUGAAGUGUAUCAAUAGUAUUUGCAGCUUGUGAAAUUUAUGCAUGAUGUAUUAAUAAAUGUAUUUGUCUUGUUUAUUACUGAUACUCAUACAACCGAGUUUCCAAAAGUCAGGAAUGCUGUUUGAAAUUAAAUCAAAUGUAAGAAUCCACUGAUUACCAAUUUUACCAAUCUUGCUUCAAAACUGCUGGUGCCAUAAUUUUUGGGACAAUUUCACAGCUUUUGUAAUUUUGUGUCCGUAGACCAUCACAGUGGGAUUAAAACUAAACAAAAAGAUGUUAGUUUCAACUCAAAUGGUGUAACAGCAAUAGGACCAUAGCCCACCAUUUUCAGUUGUUGUGAAAGUAACUGGAAACUUAACAGACAGCCGGUUUCAAUUGGCCAGGUGAGACCAGUUCUGUCAUUAUUCUGUGACAAAUGAGAUAGAGAUUUGGAGUCGAUCCAGUUGUUGAAUUUUACAUUGGAACUUAACAUGAGGUCUAAAGACAUGUUGAUGCAAGUGAGGCCCUCAUGAGGCUGAAAAAAGGAAAGUAUAAAUUAAAAACAAACCUCUCUGUUUAAGAAUGUACCAGCAAAAUGAAAAGCCCACAGAAGGCAAUUACAGUAUGUGAUGGCAAAUUCCUUCUUUGAUUAAGAAAAACAACUUCUCCACCAGUGGAAAUGUGCCACUAGUAUUUAAUGAAGUAGCAGGAUGAACUGUGAAGCGUACAGGCCAAUACUCUCUGCUCCAACUCAGCCAGAUGUUGCAAAACUGAUAGGAGACCCUUUCGCAGUGCAAAUGGAAAAUAACCCAGAGGCUACUGCCAAAGAAAGACAAGAAUUUCUCAAGGCAAAGACAUGGGAUAUUCUUCAAUGGGCAAGUCAGUGACUUGAUCUCAACCCAACAAAGCGUGCUUUUCAGUUACUGAAGACAAGACUGAAGGCAGAAAGUCCCACAAACAUGCAGGAACUGGCUGCACUGAAGGCCUGGCAGACUAUUGAUGUUGCCUAAUACUGUUUGUGAGCCACGGUUCAAAUUCAAAGACUAUCCCAACUUUCGAAAUGCUUUGUCCAUAGGCUCUAGACUUCAAGCAGCCAUUGACUACACUGGCUACAAAGAAUUUUUAUCCAAGUUUUAAAAACAAUCUUUAUAAUUAAAAUUUUAUAUAAGUAUAUAUAUAACCUCUUGAAUUAAAGCUGAAUAUAUGCACAUCUGUCACAUUUGAUUAAAAAUCUACUUCGUUGGUUUACAGAGGAAGCAUUACAAAAACUAAUGGACCUAACUACAAGGCUCCAAAAAAACCCCCCAAACUUUAAAGUUACACUUUUUAAAAUCAGAAUACAGCAUCAAGUCAGUGAAUCGUCUGGGAUAUUGAGCUGGUCAGUCCAGUAGCAGAGGGGGUUGUUAAUCAGUUUCUUCAUCAGUUUCCUCUUUGAUGUUAAUGAUAUUAACGACAGGUGCACUAGAUGGGCAACAAUGAGACGAGCCC